CUCCAUUAGAUACAGAAAGCUUCAGGGUUCCUGGUUGCCAUAGCGAUGUCUUCUCACCCCGGUGUGCAGGCCAUUAUAGACCUGUCUGCUGGAGCUGUAGGAGGGAUGGUGUGUGUGUUGAGUGGGCAGUCGCUGGACACAGUGAAGGUGAAAAUGCAGUCGUUUCCGUCUCUCUAUCGGGGUUUCCUGCACUGUCUGUUCUCCACCUACAAGCAGGUGGGCAUCAGGGGGCUGUACCAGGGGACCACGCCCGCUCUGAUGGCCAACAUAAGCGAGAACGCAGUGCUCUUCAUGUGCUACGGUUUCUGUCAGGAGGUGGUGCGGCGGGGGUGUGGCCUCAACCGAGACUCCACCCUCAGUAAUGUACAGAAGGCGUGUGCUGGCUCGGUAGCCUCCUUCUUCUCCUCGUUUGUUUUGUGCCCUACGGAGUUGGUGAAGUGCCGACUGCAGGUGAUGAAUGAGAUGAGUUCCUCGGAGAAGAUCAGCUCCACCCACACCUCAGUGUGGUCAGUAAUAAAGUCCAUCAUGAAGGCUGAAGGUCCUUCAGGGUUUUUUCAGGGUCUCACUCCGACCAUCGCCAGAGAGGUGCCGGGAUACUUCUGCUUCUUCGGGGCGUACGAGCUCUGUCGCUCCACCUUCUCUAAACACCUGCAGUGUAGCAGAGACGACAUCGGCAUGGUCUGCACCAUGCUGAGUGGUGGUGUGGGUGGAACAUGUCUCUGGUUGGUGAUUUAUCCGAUGGACUGUGUGAAGUCGAGGAUUCAGGUGAUGUCCAUGGCACAGAGUCAGGCUGGAUUUUACAAAAUCUUCACACACAUCUUCAGGACUGAAGGUGUGAGAGCUCUGUAUUCAGGUCUCACUCCCACGAUGAUCAGGACGUUCCCCGCCAACGGCGCUCUCUUCAUGGGGUACGAGGCGAGUCGCAAACUGAUGAUGUCACAGUUUAACAGCUGAUUUGCUCUUCCACCAGAGUGACUUUAAUUUAUCUCAUUCAUACAACUGUGCAGUUAAGGGGUUAGGGGCCCUGCUCAGGGGCCCAGCAGUGGCAGCCUAGUGGCAAUGGGAGUUGAACUCAUGACCUUAUAAUCAGAAGUCCAACAUCUUAACCACUGAACACUGACGUUUCCGAAAUAGUGUUUUUUAG